CUCUCUUGCAUUUCAACAGCUGACAAAACACACUCUCUUUCUUCUCUACUGCCGAAAGCAAGAGAAAACAGAAAAGGCAAACCAAAACAGUGAGCUUUUCUUUCAAUUUUGUUGACAAAUGUAGCUCAAAGAUUAUAUAAAUUUUCUGGUUUCACAUUUUUAGCUUCUAAAUAAAGCCUUAAACUUUACACUUUCUUUCACACCCCUUUUACUCAGUUGACAAUUUUUUUUAUCUUCAAUUUCCCUUAAACACUCAAUUUCAUACAUAUUUUUGAAAAUUCUCAUCUGGGUCAUCCAUGUCUUCAGAUAUAAGCUAAAAAAAUUGUAUUUUUAAUCCAUGGAAGCUUGCAAUUUCAAUGCUUGUGUUAGUUUUAUUGGUUCUGUUUUUGUUUGUUGCAAUUGUGAAUCAUUGUAGAAGUUUUUGAAGAAUUUGAGGUUGGAAGGUUGGGAGGAAGUGAGUGAGAGGUGUCAUGGGUAGGGAUAGGUUGCUAUUGGCGACGGUCGGACCGCCAUUAAAACGGCGAGCAGGGUUGAGGAGGAAACAAGCUGGAAGAGGGUCUUAUAGAGGAAGCUAAAGCAAAGGGUUUUUAUUGCUUUUUUUAUUGUUGGUUUAUUUUUUUGAGGGGGUGUUGGUGGGAGAGGGACUAGGGACUAGGGACUAGGGAGAGUGAUUUAUAAUAACCCUUUAUUUGGAGGGUGUUAAAGUUUUGGUUUUUGUGGAAGAAGGAGAAGAAGAUGGGUACCAAUUUGCAUCAACUACUAAGAAGCCUUUGUUUGGAUACUGAUUGGAAGUAUGCUAUCUUUUGGAAGCUACAACAUUGUGCUAGAAUGAUCUUGACAUGGGAGGAUGCUUACUAUGACAACCCUGACAAUUGUGAUUCUUCCCAAAGUAUGUGUUCCCAGAACACCUUAGAGCAGAUCUGUGUUGGAGAUUUUUCACAUGACCCUCUAGGAUUAUCUGUUGCGAAGAUGUCGUAUCAUGUAUAUUCGUUAGGGGAAGGUAUUGUUGGACAGGUAGCUGUUACUGGAAAACAUCAGUGGAUCUGUGCAGAUAAUCAAGUUACAAGUUCUAGUCCAUCUUUUAAGACAAUUGUUGUUGUAGCAGUACCACCACUCGGAGUUGUUCAACUUGGCUCCUUAAAUAAAGUUGGUGAAGACAUGGGGUUUGUAACUCACAUAAGAAGUCUCUUUUUGUCUACUCGUGAUCACACAUUAGGUUACCUUCCUAGUCAAAUCCAAAGUGUGAAACAUAACACACAGAAAACCAUGACGGGAGAAACACUUGAUAUGGUAACGCCCUUCCAAUGUCCUGGGAAAAACUAUUCGCCUCCUACUGUUUAUCAGAAAAUGACUAUUGAUGUGGCCAAGCAUGAGGGGCUUGAAAUUGACAACGAUCGAGGUUCCAUCUUGCUUCAAUCGCUGUCAAAUAUGAUGACUGCAGAGAAUACAAAACAAGUAGGGAUGAAACCUUCAAAUGAAAGGAUGUGUGAAGGGAGCAAUAAUGGCUGCAAAGAUACUAGUUUGAAACCAGACAAAAAUGUCUCAUCGUUUUUACGCAAUUCAGUUAUGAAUUAUAAUAGUACCAAAGAUUUAACAAGUCCGUCAGAAAAUGUAGAAGCUGAUACUGUGAUGUCAAAGUUUCAGACCGAGUCUUUUUACGAGGAUACCUCAUACACGUUGAAAUUUCCUGCUGGUUAUGAGUUACAUGAAGCACUUGGACCAGGUUUUCUCAAAGAGAGUAGAUAUUUUGAUUGGGCAGUACAAGGAAAUCAAGAUAGUAAAGCUUCUGAGAUGUCAGAUGAGAUUAGCUGCAGCCAAUUGACUUUUGAAUCUCGUCCGGAACAUCUUUUGGAAGCAGUGGUGACCAGAGUUUGCCAUAGUAAUAAUAAUAUUGUUGAUAACGAGGCAUCAUUUUCUACAUCAGGGCAGGACACAAUAGUCUCUGGAAGAAAACCUGAAGCUUCUAUUCAAAAUGUCCGAACUAUUAAUUCAGAAGGCUAUUCAAUUGAUCAAUCAUCUAUUAUUAAAGAGGAUAGGCAUCAUCGUAGUCUGAGUUUGUCAGGGAUAUGCGGCGUGAUAUCCCCUAAAAGUUUUUCUUCUACAUGUCCUAGCUCGUGUAGUAACCAGUUUGAGAGGUCUUCUGAACCAUCUAAAAACAGCAAAAAGAGGGCUAGGCCAGGGGAAAGUUGUAGGCCUAGACCAAGGGACAGACAACUGAUCCAAGACCGUAUCAAGGAGUUAAGAGAACUGGUGCCAAACGGAGCAAAGUGCAGUAUUGAUUCACUGUUGGAGUGCACAAUAAAGCACAUGCUCUUUCUCCAAAGUGUAACUAAGCAUGCUGACAAGAUAAAUAAAUUUUCUAAAACGAAGACAAAGUUGCAUCACAUGGAAAAUGACAUUCAUGGAUCCUCUGAUUAUCAACAACAACAGGGUUCAAGUUGGGCAAUGGAGGUAGGAGGCCAUCUGAAAAUUCAUUCAGUAUUAGUAGAAAAUCUUAGUAAGAAUGGGCAGAUGCUUGUUGAGAUGCUAUGUGAGGAGUGCAGCCAUUUUCUUGAGAUAGCAGAAGCCAUAAGAAGCUUGGGACUGACAAUUUUGAAUGGUGCAAGUGAAGCUCGUGGUGAGAAGACAUGCAUGUGUUUUGUGGUUGAGGGCCAAAACAACAGAAAUUUACAUAGACUGGACAUCUUGUGGCCGCUUGUUCAAUUAUUGCAGUCCAAGAGCACCACGCAUUCAUGAUAAAUGUUUCAUUCUCAGAAAGUUCUAUACGCUGUUUUUUCGAUUGCUGUUACUUGAUAUUUGAAAUUAAGCUUAUGUUUCUUCCCUUCCUCCCUGCUUUCCCCAAGCAAAGAAGUCUUGGGAGAAGGAAACUUGUAGGGAGCUUGAAAAAAAAAAAAAAAUCCUUAGCAUUUUGAUACCAAUUUCAUGGAGGCUUUAAGCGUGUGAGUUCUCCAUUAUUUUGUCUUUUUUGUGUUGAUAUUGGACUAUGUAUGCUUUAAAUCAUAUGUGCAAGUGCUUGAAAAUGAAAAUACUUCUAAUGUUCCAACCAUAUUGUUGUGUUUACCAA